UCGAUUUAAAUUAAAUUAACAGUGGAAUCUGGGACAUAACCCGACUUUAUUAGUACAUAACCACGUAUUUUUUCGGUUUUCAACUUAAUUUUAAAAUGUUAAGAUUUUCUCGGCAAUUACUCUUUACAGCGCCUAAACCUGAUAUUCUCUGUUGCUGUAACAGCACAAGUUCCAAAAGCACUGGUUAUAGUCACACUGUGUUAUUGCCGAAAACCAAAUUUCCAUUACGAGUGGAAGGACAGAAAUUAGUUGCAAAAGAUAGGAAUGUACAUAAAGUGGCAGGUUUUGACUCCCUGUACGAUUGGCAGAGAAGUAACUUGAAGGGGCCGGAGUAUAUAAUACAUGAUGGGCCGCCGUACGCCAAUGGCAACCCCCAUAUGGGGCAUGCUAUUAACAAGAUUCUAAAAGAUAUUAUUUUGAGAUAUAAAAUAUUGGAUAAAAAACAAGUCUACUAUGUACCAGGGUGGGAUUGUCAUGGCUUGCCGAUAGAAUUGAAAGCUCUGUCUGGUAAUAAAGAUGCAGAUCCAGUAGAAAUUCGAAAUAAAGCCCGAACUUUCGCCGAUAAAACGAUUGCCCAGCAAAAGGACACAUUUAGAUCCUGGGGAGUUAUAGGCGACUGGGAUCAUCAUUAUGAAACUAAACAUGUUAGUUACAUAGAAAACCAACUUAAACAAUUUUUAAAGCUUUAUGAGAAUGGAUACAUAUUUAGGGAUGUGAAACCAAUUUAUUGGAGCCCAUCAUCCAGGACUGCAUUGGCUGAAGCUGAAUUAGAAUACAACGAAAAACAUAAAAGUCCUAGUGUUUAUGCUAGAGUACUAAUAAAAGACAUUCCUCAGGUUCCACAAUUCAAUGGAAAAAAAAUUUAUGGUAUUUUUUGGACUACAACGCCUUGGACUUUACCAAGCAACCAAGCAGUGUGUUAUAACAAUUCUUUAUCGUAUUGCAUAAUUAAGAAGCCCGAAGAAGAAGAAAAAGACUUGUAUAUAAUUGCCGCAGAUCUUUUAGAAGCGUUUUGCAGUACAGUUAAUUGCAAUUAUCAGCUGCUGGGAGUUCACUCAGGCGAUAUGCUGAAAGAUGCAACAUACUUUCACCCAAUUUACAAGGAGCAAGUUUGUAAGUUUUUACACUCAUCACAUGCCACAAACGCUAAAGGAACAGGGUUGGUGCAUGCAGCUCCAGCUCACGGCCCUGAUGACUUUCUUGUUGGAAUGCUACAUAAGAUGAAAAUAGUGGACGUUGUGUCUGAUGAAGGACUGUAUAAAUCAGAGGCAGGAGAGCCCUUUGCUGGCAAAUACGUGCUGACCGAGGGAAAUGAGACUGUAAUUGAAUACUUAAGGGAUGAUCUAAUACAUAAAAGCGAUCUUACUCAUAGCUAUCCGUACGAUUGGCGAACGAAAAAACCUGUAAUCAUCAAAGCCAGUAAACAGUGGUUUAUUGACACUGACCGAAUUAAGGACAGAGCAGCGCAACUUUUAGACACAGUAAAAAUACAACCGCAGAUCAGAAGUGAAAUGUAUAGAAAAGUAAUGAUAAAUCAACUACAAAAGCGACCCUACUGGUGUAUUUCACGCCAGAGAAAGUGGGGUGUUCCUAUACCGGUAUUUUAUCAUCACCAGACAAAAGAACCUCUUAUUAAUCAGAAUAUUAUAGAUCAUCUUUGUGCGAAAUUGCAAGAAAACGGAUCAGAUUUUUGGUGGCAGUUGCCACAAAAUCAACUGUUACCCCCUGAAUAUUCAGACAAGGCCAAAGAUUAUAUAAAAGGAGAGGAUAUUUUGGAUAUAUGGUUCGAUAGUGGCAUAUCGUGGUCUUACCUGUUCAACGAUUCCCAAGUCGCCGACUUGUACCUGGAAGGUGUCGACCAAUUUACCGGAUGGUUUCAAUCAAGCUUAAUAACAUCAACAGCCUUAAGAGAUCGGUGUCCUUUUAAGGAGAUUUUAGUACAUGGAUUUGCUGUUGAUGAAAAGGGAGAAAAAAUGUCAAAAUCAUUAGGAAAUGUGGUAGAUCCGGUGGACGUUGUUCUUGGUGGGAAAGCCGGCCAGAAUGCUUACGGAGUUGAUGUUUUACGAUGGUGGGUAGCUUGCCAUGCAAAUCAGACGACAAUGGCAUCAGUCAGUACCAACAUUUUGAAUCAAUCGAAAGAUGAAGUGCAAAAAAUUCGGAGCAUUUUAAGAUUUGCGAUUAGUGCAUUAUCCGAUUACCAAUACGAUGAAGAAGAUUUCCAACAUACUCGUUUAGUUGAUCGGUACAUAUUGCAUCUAUUGUAUCAAAUCCAUGGAAAGAUUAAAUCCCACAUAGAAUCGCACAACUUCCACCAGAUCAACUUUUUGUUAAUCCCACUGCUGGUAAACCAAAUCUCCGCCUUGUAUUUCACCUCCAUCAAAGAUAGACUUUACUGUGAACCCGCCAGUAGCGUCUCGCGGAGGUCGGCUCAAUAUACUUUAUUCCAACUUUAUUUCGCCCUAUCGGAAAUGGUCGGAGGCAUAUUGCCCCAUCUCGUGGAGGAGAGCUACUCAUAUUUGCCACAAAAAAGCGACAGAACAUUUUUUACAUCUCCUAGACCACUGCCGAGAAAGUUAUGGACAAAUACUGAGAUUGAAAAAGUUAUGGAGGUAAUUUUGAACAUUAGAAACGCAAUUAAUCAGAAUAGCGGUGAAGAAAGCGCUUUGAAACUUGAUAUUAAAGUGGAGCUUGCCGCGCCGGAAUACCACACAUUACAGCCUUAUUUCGCCUUCAAUCAAGACAUAAUGGACAUUCUUCAAGUAGCAUCGAUAGGCAUAUGCCAAAACACUUCAUCAGACGAAACUAUAAAAGUUUCCGCUUCAAAAAGCCACAAAUUAAAUUGCCCUAGAUGUAGGCUAUGUCGCUCUAAUGCCGAAAAUCAACUAUGUCCACGAUGCCAAAUUAUUGUUGAAGACUUCGAUGUGAAUAAAAAUAUCAACAUAAAAAAUGUGUGAUUUUAAAUAAUGUACGAAGGUACGAUUUUAAAUAAUAUACACAAAUGUGUAUCAAA